CUGGAAAACUCCACCGCCAGCGACUUUCCGCAACUUUUUUCCUUUUCUAUUCUUCUGAAUUUGAUUUUCUGGUCGUUUUUGGUUUUUUCCUCUUAAUAUCUGCAAGUCGGCAUCCAUUCAAACAAAGACUUGUACCCAAUCUUCUCCCUCUUUUCCAUUCUUCACCUUCUUUUCCAAGUAAAACAUAUUCUUGACUUGUGUAUACAGAUAUAUAUAUAAAUAUAAUAGAAUCAGUAUAUUUUUACCCAGAUACGCGUAUAUCGUAUAGUUCGUUUGGAAUUCCAGUUUCAAAAGUUUGAAUUUGACAUCAGUAUUGAAUUUUGGGAAGUGGGUUUUCCGGGUUAGAUUUGAUUCUGGUGAAGUUUGUCGAAUUGGAACUUGUUUUCGAGAUUGGCUUUUGUGAGUUGAUUUGAAUUAUGGUGAAAUCAGUUGAAAAUGGGACGUCGCUGCCGCCUUUCUUGGUGAAAUGCUACGAGAUGGUGAAUGAUGAAUCAACCAAUGAGUUGAUUUCUUGGACGGAAUCGAAUGACAGCUUUAUCAUAUGGGACGAAUCUAAAUUUUCUUCCCAGUUGCUCCCCAAGUACUUCAAGCACAGCAACUUCUCUAGCUUUGUCCGCCAACUCAAUAUCUAUGGUUUCAGGAAAAUAGAUACCGAUCGCUGGCAAUUUGCUAAUGAGGCCUUCAUCAAAGGCCAGAAGCAUUUGUUGAAGAACAUCAGCCGAAGAAAGCAGCCCCAUAACCUAGUACAGAAGAAAUCGCCCCAACUGAAAGAAACAGAAACCCCUGUAUCAUCUGAAGAAGACAAGAGAAUGGCACUGUGGAAAGAAGUCGAGACUCUUAAAAGUGAUAAAAUUUCGUUAACGCAAGAGCUGAAAAAGCUAAGUCAGCACCAGCAGACUUCACAGAGUAAAUUGCUACUCUUGAGAGAACAAUUGAAAGGUAUGGAAAAGAACCAGCAACAGAUGCUUUCUUUCAUUGUGAUGGCGAUGCAAAGCCCUGAAUUUAUGGUUCAGUUCUUCCAGCCAAAAGAAAACAGUUGGCGUAUGACGGAAACUGGAAAGAAUAAACUGAGUGAAGUUACUGAUGACUGUGAACCCUCUCCUUCUGAUGGAACGAUAGUCAGGUAUGAGCUGCCAAAAGGCGGACAUUCAGUGCCUCCAGCAUGCACGACAGAAGCUUCUAAUUCUGAAGCUGGAAAGGAAAAACUGAGUGAAGUUAUGGAAGACUGUCAACAAACUCCUUCAGUUGGAAUGAUAGUCAGGUAUCAGCCACCAGAAAAUGGACACUCAGUGCCUCCAGCAUGCACAACCGAAGCUUAUAACACUGAAGACUUAAUGGAAUUAGAUUUCACUUCUGAUGAAAUGAGAGAUCUUCUUAUGGAUAUAGACCUUUUGGUAGGACCAAUGGAUGAAAAAUUACUUUCUUUGGAAAAUCAUGGUCAGUUUGUUCUUCCAGAUAUACCUGAAGAUGACACUAUGCUGGAACAGCUUCUUUUGUCCGAUCCACCAACUGGAACUCAACAACUUGUGGAAUUUGAAGCUGGAGCCUGUACUGAUCACAAGAUGCAGAUUGGGUUAACAUUACAGCCUGAAGAAUCUGAGGAGCCCAAUGGUUCAGAUAAUGAUGUCAAUGACCAUCAGAACCAGGUCGCAGAAGCAAGAGAAGCCCAGAUCCCAACUGAUGCAUCUGACAAGAUGGAUGUUUUAACUAAACAAAUGGGAUUGCUAACUUCUGAAAUAAGCUGCAAGCAGAUAUCUUAAAGUCAUUACCUUCCCUGUUUCUUGGAAAUGCAUGCAAUUACAUUUUGGUAUUUAGGGUAUGAGAUACUGGCAGGAUAGUGAACCUUGUUUAUUGAUUUUUGGAUGGGGGACCAAGUGAUCCUGUUCAGUUCAUUUUGCUUCAACUCAACUGCUUGAUGGGUGAAGACCGGUGCUAAGUAUUGUAGAGAUUCUUUGGUCAUAAUCUUGAUCUGAUGGCCUGAUUUCCGUCAUUAACACAAUCCUCCUUUUUCAUUCUAUGAUUGUAAAUGCCACGAAGAACAGAACUAUAUUAUUCCUUGACCUUAAACUGUAGUUCCCAAUAUCCUGCCAUGAGCACCCUGCUGGAUAAAGUUGUUGAAAUUGGAUUAGUUUCAGCAGUCAACCAGCGAAAAAGAUGGAUAAAUAGGAGUUAAGGUAGUGAGCCCAUGUUUUGUGAAAAAACAGUAGUCAGGCACGCUAACCCGUGUCGAUUUUUGGUUUGAGAUGUUAGCCUGUAAUGAGAUGCAAGAAGCCCUAUGGUAACAAGUGUUGAUGUUUCCAAUUU